AACCCUGAAACAAAUAUGAACAUUAGUCAAAUUAUUUCCUACUGGGGAUACCCAGAUGAAGAAUAUGAUAUUGUAACUGAAGAUGGUUAUAUCCUUGGCCUUUAUAGAAUUCCUUAUGGAAAGAUAAAAAGUGAUAACAAUUCAGCUCAGAGGCGUGUUGUAUAUUUGCAACAUGGUUUGCUUACAUCUGCCAGCAGCUGGAUUUCUAAUCUUCCUAAUAACAGCUUGGGCUUCAUUCUGGCAGAUGCUGGUUAUGAUGUGUGGAUGGGGAACAGCAGAGGGACUAUCUGGUCCAGAAAACACUUGUACCUAAAAUCAAAUUCCAAAGAAUUCUGGGCUUUCAGUUUUGAUGAGAUGGCUAAAUAUGACCUUCCAGCCUCCAUUGAUUUCAUUGUGAAGCAAACCGGACAAGAGAAAAUAUUUUAUGUAGGCUAUUCACAGGGCACUACUAUUGCUUUCAUAACAUUUUCCACAAUACCAAAAAUAGCUGAAAGAAUCAAAAUACAUUUUGCUUUAGCACCAGUUUUUUCCGUUAAAUACGUAAAAAGCCCUUUAAUUAAAAUGGCGUACAAGUGGAAGUCAUUGAUCAAGGUUUUAUUUGGCAACAAAGACUUCUUACCUAAUUCCCCAUUUACAAGAAUUAUUGGUUCAAAGCUAUGUCCACAAAAGAUUUUUGUUAAGAUUUGCAGUCGUAUCUUGUUUAUGAUGUGCGGUUAUGACCAGAAGAAUUUAAAUAUGAGUCGCGUGGAUGUUUAUAUGGCACACAACCCAGCAGGAACCUCUGUUCAAAAUAUACUCCAUUGGAUUCAGCUUUUUAAUUCUAGUUACUUGAAAGCUUUUGACUGGGGCAGUCCUGUUCUGAACUUGGUUCAUUUCAAUCAGACAACUGCUCCACUGUACAAUGUGACAAACAUGAAUGUGUCCACGGCAACUUGGAAUGGUGCAAAUGACUUGCUGGCUGAUCCAGAAGAUGUUAACAUUUUACUUUCUGAAAUCAGAAACCACAUCUACCACAAAACUAUUUCUCACUACAGCCAUAUAGACUUUCUGUUUGGAUUAGAUGUAUAUCAUCAAGUUUACCGUGAAAUCAUUGAUAUUAUCCAAGACCAUCUAUAA